ACUAGAAAACAAUAAGGAUGUGCUUUGGGAGCAGCCAUUCCCCGAUGUAAACUCACCAAAACAGCCUUCUGACUUGACAGAUUCCUUCCACCUGCUUCAGCCCCUAGCCUCUGUCUCCGGCACAAAAAGACUGCAGCUUUAACGUGCCCCAGCUGAAUGCUCUGUGGCCAGAGAUAAGAACAGUUACUGAUCAGCCAACUUGUCUAUCACCUUCUGAUAGACAGGAUGUGACAUCGGCGACUGAUUGGACGGAUUUUUAACUGACUACAUCCGUAUAAGGUUAAGAGAAAUAUCAGAACUGCAUUUGUUAGGAGUGACGUCUUUAUUUCUUCAGAGGCAUGAGACAAGUCUGCUUGAUGUCACAUGGCUUAGUGUAAAAGAAGAGAGUCACAGGAGCUAUUCUAUUGGUUCGUGAUGGAUGGGCAGCCUCGUCCAAAGGCCCAGACGCGUACCCGUCAUAACCGGCGGGGCCGGGACCAAGCAAGCGCCAGCCAGCAGUACAGCUCCUCUGAAGAGGACUUUCACUCCGACGACAACCUGAGGCCAUAUGAAGAAGUCAAAGUGGCCCACCAUAACAAGAAGCUGUCUGGUUUAGGUCUCACACCUGAUGAAACUGCCGUCUCCCCUCUGGAAAAAAUGGACCACUCCACCCGACUGUACAGCUACCUGAGUGGCUCUGAUGGUGAUAUUGAAACAGACAAUCCUCUCUCCCCUCAUAACCAACGGCAACAAAAUUGGGAUGGCCACUCGCAAAGUUCUGUCUCUUCAGAAGAGUUGGGGAAACACCCCCGAGACAGCCGAAUUUCACAUUUAACUUUGUCAGACUCUGACGGAGAAAAUGAGCUGAUUCAGGCUUACAAUCGAGGAGGAAAUUCUCAGAUUCCCCCACCCACUCUUCCACCACCACCUCCACCCCCACCAAUAGAAGACAUUCCUCAGAGGGUGCCCCCAGUCGCCCCUCCGCGGCAGUUCUCCCAGAAAGUGUUAGGACCCUCGUCAAGGGGAAAUUACUCGGAUGCAGAAACUGCAAGGCGUGGAAAUUACUCGGACGUAGACAGGCGAGGGCAUUACUCAGAAGGGGAACCCAGCGAGUUUGAUUACCUGGUUCAAACCUCUUCAGGCAACGUCUUUAUUCCACCAGACUUUACUUUUUCAGCAGACGCACAACCCCGAUUUCCACGGACUGUCCCCAGGGCGGGGACAGUACCCCUCUCACGAGGAACUGUAGAUAAUCCUAACCAACCCCAGGGGGCCACUCUCGACGGAUACCCAGUACAACUUUUUAAUGCAGAACAACAGAUGCAACAUAAUCAGAAUGUGAAUGAAAGGCAAGCGUUCUCAUUGCCCCAGUUUGGUGCUACUCCCACCAUUCCAUUAUCGUCAUACCCUGGAGUGAACAGCGAUUACCCAUACUACUCCAAGUUCAGCAGUGCAAGUCACAGAAUGAAGAAACAGUUGAAGCGCAAGUGCAGCUGGAAAUGCACUGCAUUGAUACUUCUGCUGCUGUGUGUGGCCCUUGUGGCUGUUGUGGCAUAUUUUGCAACUCUGUUGAUGAUAGAAGAAGAAGAGAGAGUGGACUGUAACUCUCGGACCAGUUAUGGCGAAAACCCUAAUUCUAACACAUCGCAUGCACCUGCCUGGCCCUCGUCAAGGUCUUAUCAAGACAAUUCAGGUGCUAUGCCAGUGCGACCAACAGUACCCAACGCUCCUGUGUUUUUCCGUGUCGGGGAGCGUCAGCACCACAUCAUCCCUCCCAAGUCCUUCUGGCACACUCAGUUCAGUCAGAAAGACCCCGCCUUUGUGAAGUUUAACUUCAGUAUUUCCAACAGUGCUAUUUUAGGGGUGUACGGCCGGAAGAGCGUCCCACCAACUCUUGUGCAAUUCGAAUUUUUUGAGGUGGUGGAAGGGAAAACUAUACCAUCGAGGUCCAAGAGGUCUGCUGGGGGAAGCUCUGGUGAAGCGACGGCAGCCUUCAUGCACCACCUGGAAGCCGGUACCUGGUUUGUGUCCAUUUACAAUGAUGAUGAGCAUGCCCAGAAUGUGGUGUUUGUUGGAGAUUUAUUUGAAAAUCUGGACACAGGUUGCCCUGGAGACUGCCAUGGUCAUGGAGAAUGCAAAAAUGGACAGUGUACCUGCUACCCGGGCUUUUCCAACUGGGACUGUUCUCUAAAGAAUUGCCCAAUCCUGUGUAGUGGGAAUGGUUUGUACGUGCGUGGAAGUUGUGACUGUCACCCAGGCUGGAAAGGUCAGGAAUGUGAGCUGAGGGAAGACCAGUGUAUUGUGCCCAAUUGUAGCGGGAAUGGGAGGUGUAUCGAUGGGAAGUGUGUCUGUAUGCAGGGCUUCACCGGCCCGGAUUGUCGUGAGGUGGACUGUGCCAGACCCGACUGCUCGGGCCAUGGAGUGUGCCUUCUGGGCCAGUGUGUGUGUUUCCGUGGUCAUAAAGGCAGCGAUUGUAGCAUUCCAGAUAGAAUAAAUAUCACCCAGGUGUGUGCCCGUGACUGUUCGGGCCACGGAAUCUACAACGUGGACACGGGCACGUGCACAUGUGAGCGUCACUUUGUGGGCGCGGACUGUGGCAUAGAGGUGUGUCGUCUGGUGUGUAACCAAGGUUACUGUAAAAACCAGCGCUGCGUCUGCUAUGAUGGCUGGACGGGUGCACUCUGCGACCAGGUAGCAUGUGACCAUAGGUGCGACAACCACGGUUUCUGCAACAAUGGCACGUGUGUCUAAGAAGGGUGGUACGGAAAACAUUGCACCCUGGAUGGCUGUCCACAGGGAUGUAGUAACAACGGAGAAUGUCAGAGGUUUGCUGAUGAAUGGAGGUGCAACUGUAAGAAUGGAUGGAAAGGCAGUGCCUGUAAUAUUGCCAUGGAAACCCAGUGUUCUGACAAGCAAGACAAUGAUGAUGAUCGCCUCACUGAUUGUCUUGACCCAGACUGCUGUAUCAACACAGUGUGUAUGAAUAGCAUCCAUUGCCAUACCUCACCAAACCCGCUGGAGAUCUUGCUGCGCAAACAGCCGCCCAGCACCACUGCCUCAUUCUACGAGAAAAUGCGAUUUCUGAUAGAAGAAAGCAGCGUGCAGAGCUACGCCACAAAGAAUGCUUUCAAUGAGAGUCAGGUGUCAGUUAUCCGUGGGAAGGUCAUGGCCAAGGAUGGCAGUGCUCUUGUAGGAGUCAGGGUGGGAGUUGUCACACAGCCGCUCUUUGGUUUUACCCUUUCAAGAGAACAAGGCCUUUUUGACAUUCUGGUGAAUGGUGGUGGUUCAGUGGACUUACAGUUCAUGAGGCAACCAUUCCGUACCAAGUCUGCCAGUGUCCUUGUCCCAUGGAAUCAGAUCAUCACCAUGGAUACUGUAGUCAUGACACUGGAGGCGGAGGAAGUGGCCCCGGACCCUGCAUCGUGUAGCAUGGAGCAUGAACAUUAUUGGCUUAGACCAGUGGUCCUGUCGACAUGGCAACACACCCAGCUCGGGGCAUGUCCAGACAAGAGUACCAUCAUUCCAGAGUCACAGGUGCUUCAAGAGUCCUUGUCCAUAGCUGGCACUGAUGUCCACCUGGUCUACCAUAGCAGUGAAACCUCUGGCUACAUGUCCGUCAUUCUCAUCCAGAUGACCCCUGACACUAUCCCAGAAUCCCUCGCUCUGGUGCACCUGCGUGUGUCAGUGGAGGGGGUCGUUCAGGAGAAGUUAUUUGAGGCAGACCCCGGCCUCAAGUACACCUUCUCCUGGGAUAGGAAGAAUGCUUACAAGAUGAAGGUGUACGGGAUCGUCACGGCCAGAGUGUACGUGGGCUACCAGUAUGUAGCCUGUGAUUACGUGUUCUGGGAGACUCGCAGUACAACUAUGAGUGGGUAUGAUCUGACCUCAUCCGAGAUAGGAGGCUGGAAUCUCGACAUCCAUCACACAUACAACUUCCAAGAGGGUAUUCUGCACAAAGGUGAUGGAACAAACAUUUAUCUGAAGGAGAAGCCGAAGAAGUUGACGAAUGUGCUGGGUAAUGGUCGGCGCAGGAAGCUGGACUGUGAUGGCUGCAAUGGCAAGGCUCUGGACAAUCGCUUGAUGGAUCCUGUGGCCCUGGCCAGCGGCCUAGAUGGAAGUCUCUAUGUGGGUGAUUACAACUUUGUGAGAAAACUCUCCCCUAACAGAGAGGAAAUCGCCAGCAUUCUAGAAAUGAGCACAACCUCAGUUCCGUACAGAUAUUUCAUGACAGUGAGCCCUGUUGAUGGUCGCCUCUACAUCUCUGCCUCCAUGACCUAUCAGAUUAUCAGGGUGAAAACCAUGGGGCCAGUUCGCAACCUCAAGGUCAACUUUGAAGUGGUGGCUGGGAAUGGUGACCAGUGUACCCCAGGGGAGGCUGACAAGUGCGGAGAUGGAGGCCGUGCCCUAGAGGCCAGGCUGAUGAAUCCCAAAGGAAUAGCCAUUAACAAGGAUGGAAUCAUCUAUGUGGCUGAUGGACCAAACAUUCGACUGAUCACUACAGAUGGAAAAAUCCGAACUCUGAUUGGCUCCCAGGAGAAGCUGAAGAAAUGGACACCCAUGCCUUGUGACAAAAUCAUGUCUGCAGACAAGGUGAGCCUUCGUUGGCCAACUGCUCUUGCCAUCAGUCCUCUAGAUGACACACUUCAUAUUUUGGACAACAACAUUGUUCUCCAGUUGACCAAGGACCAUAAACUGGUGACCAUAGCAGGUCGCCCCAUCUACUGUCCCCCUAAACAGACGAGCUUCUUACCCCAGGGGGUUCUCUCUGAUGAUGAACAGGCAUCCAGCAUUGCGGAUCAUGUGACCUUGGUCAAACCUGAGAGUAUCACGUUUGGUCCCCAUGGUGACUUGUUCCUUGUGGAGAGCGACACUCAUAACAUCAACCGUGUGCGAGUUGUGUCCACUGAUGGCCGUAUCCACCAUUACGCUGGUGCAAAGUCUCGCUGUGACUGCCAGAAGCCCAGAUGUAAAUGUUAUGAUCCUAAGGAAACGCUAGCCGCCCAGGCACUGUUCAGUAACCCUACCUCAGUGACUGUCACUCCUGAUGGUGUCCUGCACAUCGCAGAUUCAGGGAAUCUUCGGGUCCAUUCAGUAGUCUCAGAGUUGCCUCAAGCCAAUGAUAUGGGAGACUAUGAAGUCUUCUCCACAGAAACUCAAGAGGUGUUCGUCUUUAACCGCUUUGGGCAGCACAAGACAACGGUCAGCGUCAUGACCAAUCAGAACAUGUACUCCUUCACCUACAACGUAGGAUCGUUCUACGGCAAGCUGGUCAAGGUCACUGACAGCGACAGUAACAGCAUCCAGCUACGCCGCGACUUUGACAUGAGAGUGCAGGAAAUCAUCCCACCCAAUGGGCAGAAGUGUCGCCUCGCAAUGGACAAUAUGCAGAGGCUGAACAGAUUUAUGUCCCCUGAAAACAUGACGGCCAUGUUCACAUAUAUGUCCGCCACAGGCCUGCUGGAGACCAAGAAGCUUUCGGAUGGCAAGUUGUUCUUCUACGAGUAUGACGACACGGGCCGCCUGCUGAAGGUGACACAGCCUACUGGAGAGGUCAUCAACUUGACAACCGAUGUCAAUACUACAGGUUCCAUUGUGCACAUCUCUACUGAUAGCCAUGAUGCUGUCGCUAUGGCGACUUAUGGAAGUGUGCAGUCUGUGAUGCAUGGCCAAGCCGAGACAAAGGUGACCUACUUGCCUGAUGGUGCCGUUGUUGUUGUAUUCCCAAGCAAUCUGACCGUCGCCUUGGAAACCAGCACUCAUCCUGUUCUGGAGUCAGAACACCGGAUGCAUUUUAAACGUAAAGUUGUCUUGCCCAGUACACAUGUGCACCGUCUAGAAUGGAGGUAUUAUCUGAGAAGAGACGGCCGAUCGCGAAAAAGUCGCAUAAUCAACAAGAUUGGGCGCCGCACUAGGGUAGGAGGGCACUACUCCCAGCAUGCCCUCAUGCAUGAGUCGCAUGACGAAGGAUACAAAGGGAAAAUGCUAUUGAUCAAUGGAGAGAAUCUACUAACGGUAGAAUAUGAUAGGGACACCCACUCUGAGGCAAUAUUUGACAAGGACGCCAAGGAGAUGGUGACUAUUGUUUACGAUGACAAUGGCCUUCCCACCCACUUCCUGCCCAGUGAGGGGCAUCAUUCCAUGAACAUCAGUUAUAAUAAGUUUGGGGCCAUCACCAGCUGGCAGUAUGGGGACCUGUCUGAGAGGCGUAACUACAACGCACGAGGCCUGUUGACAGAUAAGGAGCUCCCCAACAGUGCACAGUAUCGCUACAUCUACCGGUCUGGAUACAAGCCUACAGACGUGAUUCUGCCCAGUGGGAAGCAGUACCUGCUGCGCUAUGACUACCUUGGGAACCUUGUUGAGGUCACAAUGCCAGGCUUGGGCAGACACACGUUUGCUGCUCUGGAUACCAUUGCCUUCCAGAGGUCACUGUACAGUCCUCCAGGCCUGCAUUUCCCUUAUAUCGAGGACUACGAUGCCAGCGGAAAGCUCGCCAGGGUGACCUACCCCAGCGAGGAUCGGCGCGUGGCGUAUAGGUAUAAUACCAUCUACCAACCGGUGGCCAUAUUGUUUGAUGAGGCGGAAGUUCGCUUUGAGUACCACAAAGAGAUUCGUAAGUUGUCGAUGGCGGAGGUGAUGCAGAGGACGUACGGCUGCCAGCAAGUUUACCAGUACAGCGGUGCUCUGAUACACAAGUUUGACCUGCAAUUCCUUCUAGAUCAUCAGCUCUUGGCAGCCAAGUUCAAGUACGACUAUGACAACAAUUUCCACCUCAUCUCCAUCAACGCUUGGUUCUCCAACAACCUGACGAGUGUGACUAAUUUUAGCUACAACAAGCACACUGGGCAGCUGGACAGUGUCAAGGCUUUCAGAAUGCACAAGCCUCUACAGGACCGUGAAAUGGUCCACGACAAGUACGUGAAAUUCCUCAAGGAAUAUGACAACUACGGCCGACUAAAGGAUGUCCAGUUGAAAUUUGAUGACAAGAUUCAGUUCAUGCUGCAGAUUGACUACGAUACCGCCAACCGGGUGCAUCAGUGGAGGCUGAAAGUGGGCCAGACAGAUUCCAGAGUGUACGAGUACCAUUACGACAUCGACAACAACAUCAUUGAUGUGCUGCUUGAGGGUCAUCCAUCCUGGAAGUACAAGUACGACGCCAACAGUAACAUUGUGAAGAUCACGCAGGGAGGCCGCACCUCCGGUCUCAGCUUUGACGCUGGGGACCGUAUCUCGCGGUUUGGUGAGAAGCGGUACAAGUUUGACAAAGAUGGCUUCAUGGUGCAGAGAGGGGAUCAGUUCCUCCAGUACAACUCCAUGGGACAGCUCAUGUCUGUCAGCAAGAUUCAACUCCACAAGGUGCUGUUCUACUAUGACGCCAAUGGCCGUCUUGUGGCCUUCAAGGACAGCAUUGGCAAUGUGAUGCAGUACUUCUACGGGGACGUUCAGAAGUCCUGGCGUGUGACGCACACGUACAACCACACCACGAGGGACUUGACCCAGUACCAUUACGAUAGUGCUGGCAAACUCCUGGCCUUGGAAAGAAAAGGAUCUAUCUACUACAUCGCUACAGACCCUGAUGGUACUCCACUGGUUGUCUUUGACACAAGAGGCUACCUAGUGAAGCAGCUCCACUUCAACCCACUGGGACUGCUUCAGAAAGACAGCAACUCUGACUUUGAAAUGGCCUUUGGAUUCCAGGGCGGCAUCUUUAACCAAGUGGCGAAUCUGAUACAUUUCAAGGCUCGAGUGUACGAUCCAGAGAUCGGGCGAUGGUUGUCCCCAGACUACCACAAGUUCCUUUCUUCCAUAGAAGCCACAUUGGAGUCUCCUAAACUGAUGAAUAUGUACCAGUUCCAAGACUUGGCAAACUUGCACAACAUUGUGAGACCACUUCCAGUGACAGAUGUCUCUGAUUGGCUGAAGAUGCUAGGAUUUGAUUUCCGAAGUUUAGCCCCUGACAUUUCCUACAUGGGAGAGAUCCAUCCAUCUCAUGAGGAGAGUAAGUACCAGUUUCUGCCAAGCUCCUCCGCGUUUGAGUGUACCUUCAGGCGAGACAUGGAUAACAUCCUCAGUCUAACCAAUGUGCCAAGGUCAAAGGUCACACCAGACCAGAGCGUUACGGAAACGUCGUUGAUGUUCAUGUAUUACCGCUCCCUGCUCGGCGACGGCGUGACGUUGUCCGUGGAAGACGGUAAAGUGCUGGUCAACCUGCUGGAUAAUGUAGACGAACAGACGAGAAAAGUGGCCAGUGUUUUGUUAAACAGCUCGGAAGCUGUCGGGUUGCAUUUCACAAUAAAGGGUAAAGAUGAACACUUCUAUAUAAAACAAGACAUUGCCCAAGCAGACAUCGACAAGAGUUUGCUGGGAAUUCGGAAGGACGAGAUGGUUCUUGAUAAUGGGGUGAAUGUGACAUUGCGCAAAGUAUUUCACUCGGAUGGUUUCCGUGGGCGGACACAUAAUGAGUUAGACAUAAGACUCCAUGGAAACCACAGUGUCAUUAACAUUAGGUACGGCACUUCUCUGGAAAGAGAAAAGAAACGUAUUUUACAACAUGCGAAACAGCGAGCAAUAAAACACGCGUGGGAGAGAGAGAAACAGUUAUUACAGCAGAGUCUGCCCAGUGAUUACAAAUGGACAGAGCAGGAAGAGGAGGAGAUUGUUACCGGGGGUUACGCGGACAGCUACGAGGCUGAAUACAUCCGUGACGUACUCUCCUACCCAGAACUUGCCGAUGACUGCAAUAAUAUCAGAUUUUAUAAAAGGACGUGAUGGUAGCUGUGUUACGUUUUAACUUAUUACUCAUAAGAGGUCCCAAUUGAGGAGAUAAGAGUUGUGUAUGAUGUGCGUGUUUCAAAGUGAUUUGACCUUCAAGGAUUUCACAACUGUCGUUGGUGUCUCAUUAUUUACAUAUUAGUGCUUUCAUGCUUUAUUGUUAUAUACAUACUUUCUUCUCCGUGGACAAGGAGAAAGCCUGAUGGAUGCAACUCUGGCUGGUUCCAUAUCUAAAGCUGCUGUAUGGGAUAUUAGUUUGGUAAGCUUCCAUUCACUCACAUGCACAACAUGUGUAUCUGGGAUCCCCGUGCCAGAUACAAACACUAUUGACAACAACAGUGGUACAGCCCUUGUUUAUCCUGUCUACAGGAUUGAAGUUGUGUAGCCAAUCCCGUUAACCUCGUGAAAUCCCUUGUCGGACUUGUUUUGACUUCCGCACAGAAGAUACGUUGCAAGGGUGACUUUGAACAAUAGCAUGGGCUGCAGCCGUCGUACUUUUCAUGGUGAAGGACUAUCACUGGAGAUUGUACAUACGCACUGAUGGAGGACAGCAUGUCUAGGAGCUUGUGCACAUGUACAUAUGUAAAUUAUACUGAAGGCUCUGUGGCCACAUCCGCGGCCUGGUGUGGUUGGGGCGUUCCCGUGGGUGUCUGUGCCCACUGGGAUGUGGGUUUACUGUCAGUGUCACAUGUAUCGUCAGUGUCACAUGUAUUGUUAUAUAGCACCCACGGUCCCAUACAAUCUCUAUGCUAUUCAUUUGACAUCAACAGGGUUGGCUGAAUGUGGCACAUGUAAUUUUAGCGUUUACAGAUUAUUGGUUUUAAACAGAAUUUUAAAAAGCAUGUGAGUCUUGGUUUUUUUUGAAGUUCAAAUUCUUUUUAAACAGGUGUCCGAUGUGUGAGCAUCAAUUGUGCUGAAGUUUUUCUCCUUAAUCUUUUGGUUUGUUAUGUUUCACGUUUAUUUCGUUUUCGUUUGCAUUGUCUGAACCAUAAAUGAUGCUGUUGACUUUGUUUUUCUUGUCAUAGACUAUAACGGUAGGGGCAUAGACCAGUAUUGCCAACAUUCUGACUGGUUGAUGUGAGUGCACCUGAGAUAUAUGUACAUGGCACACCCUGAUAAUCAAUGUGACAAGACCGUACACAGUGCAGUGGCACGUCUGUAGAUAGCCAUUACCACGCAUACGUCAUCAAUAACAUCUCAUUCUCAUAAACUCGUUAUUUUAUCAGCAUCAUUGGUGUAAUGAUGUAAAUAUUUCUAAUCUUUGAAACUCAGUUGUGGUGGAAGUUGUCUCGUCUUGAUCAUGGUGAGAAAGCAAAAGCUGUAACAGUUGUUGACCGCUAAAGUCUGACGUGUUUAGCGGGUUGACACAGAAGCAUACCGUUGGUCAGCCUGUGUUAACACCGUGUUUUCCCCUCUGUGUGUCCAUGUUGAUGUGUGUGGUGUAGCCCUCCAUAGCAGCGCUGUGUCAAAUGUGCCAAAGUAGGUUUUAUCAAAUACUCUCGACGUUUUCGUACUAGUCUCGUUACCAAGUGAAUUUGGUUUCUUUUUCUUGCCUGCAAUAUUUUAGAGAGAGAAGUAUUUUUAAAAUAAUCCCCUCCAUGUUUUUACUGUACAUCGGCGUCAGUCCUGAGUGAGCUGUAUUGUUGUGCUGUUGUCUGACCACCCACCCACCGUUCAUUAGUAUCAGCAGCUACAUGAUAUAUAGACCUCUGUAUGACCAUCUCCGUGAACUGCACACCAUGACCAUCACAACAGAUAUGGUACACCUACAAUUGUACAUACUCUUAUUAUUUGGAGGAUGUUGCCGGGCAGACGCAAUCCUUUAAAGAAAAAAUGUGGGGAUCAUGAAUCUGUUUCUAAACUAAGUUGCAUUUAAUAAUCUUUUAUUUCUCCUUUACAGAACUAAUGUUAGAGUUCUCUGGUGUCAACUUUGCGAACUUCUGUGGUGGUUUUAUCGCAGAAUCCUUACGACUAUGUCUUUACUCUGUGAUUUAUGGACUUAUUUUUUCAUAGCAAUAGACGUCAAAUAAAUUUUUAAUUGAUACUGACAUUGUGUUAUUGUAAUCGCACAUGUAUAUUUUUUGUGUUUUUAAGGAAAUGUGCAAGCCUGUUCAUAAAUGUGUUUUCUGUUUGUCCUGAUAUUAUGAAGUAGACUGUUGGAAACGGUUUGUUUCCAUAAGACUGUGAAGCGAAUUCCAAGCCUGUUCAGUCCUGUAUACUAAGCAAUAGUUCUCACUGACAAUAAAGCUGAGGUCUAGAAGGCAGUGUGCUCUCUUUAGUCUUUAACUCUGCUGUCAUUCAAUGCUGUAUUUAACUUGUCGAGAUAUGAGAGUGACUACCGAAUGAGAGCCUUGAAGAAAGUUACCUGUUGUAUGAUUUCAGUCGUAGUGUGUGGUCAUGUUUUGCCUUCUACAAAGGACUAUGUGUUUCCCGAUUUUCAACUUUGUAAACGUACCAAGAAUGCAAAAUCAGUCCUAAAUAAUUUACGCAUAAUGUUAACAUUUGAUGAUAAUUUUAAACAUAUUCGAUCUUGAUAUCAUUAAUUUUUGUAUUUUUGACGGAAAAUAAAGAUCGAACAUUAUUAAGUGUACAAGAGUUAAA